UAAAACGCAAUACCGCAUUGGAUAUUUUUUUCCGCUCUUCGAUACAAACAAGAUGGCCGACGUUGAAAUCCAUAAAUUGAAGGUGAGAAAACAGUUUAAAAAUGAAUACAAUUAAAUAUAUACGGACUUCUUUAUAAUCAAGUUUUAUGUAAAAUGUAUAAUUGAUCGAAAAUAUGCGUAUUUUACGGUUUACAACACUAGGUAAUGUAGUGCGGUGUGAUAUGCCUGGAAAUGGAAGCUAACGUUAGCUAAAAGUUAUCGGAUGGUGUGCUAACUAGCUAACGUUACAGUAGUUAACUGGAUAUAUCUUUUGUCAAAAUUGACUUUUCGUAGAAGGGCUAUGAUAAUUAGGUUAAGGCUAGGAAAAGCGUGAGGGUUAGCCAACAAAAAAAAUCAACUUUUGACGUCAAAUUUAGAAAAAAAAGCAGUAGCCCAUCUAGACAUGACCGUCUAACAAGCACAUAGUAGUAGGCUAACGUUAAUGUAAAACACAGAAUGUUGUCAGUUUACUAGCUAGCUGUACGAAUUAACUUAGCUAGCUAAAUACAUUUUACCUUCAAAUUAUUAAUUUUCUGGUAACGCUAGCUAGUGUACAAGUCAAGUUUACUCGAUAGCUAACGUUAGCUAGCUUGCUUUUACUAAGCUCGUUAUUAUUGGUUGAAUAGCUAGCUGUUAGGCUACAUUAUUGGCAAAACUGCCCCUGUAACACAAUAUAAGGCAAGUUAUUGUACAUGUCACUAUCCGUACUUUAGUCCAAGCUUGGUCUGUUGUCAAAUUGCUGCAUUGAGUUGUGUGCCAGUAAUGUUUACUCAUGUGGUAGCCAUGUGCCUUUAUUAUAGGACUGAUUUGGUUCGUUGGUUGUAGUUGACCUUUUAAAAAAAUAUAUAAAGUUAAUCAAUGUUAAUUUACUACUGUAUUGUAUGCAUACUCUCUCCACUAACAAAGUCUAUUACAUUUGUUGACCCUACCUUCACCUUCAGUUGGCUGAGCUCAAGCAGGAGUGUUCUGUGAGGGGAUUGGAUGUGAAAGGAAACAAAGGUGACCUUAUUGGAAGGUUGCAGGCAUACCUUGAGGAGCAUGGUAUGGCGGACUUGUCUUUCUUGCACUAACACCUACUAAUUUCUUAAUAGCACUGAUUGUGAAAUGUAAAUGUGUAUGAUUUUUUGCCUUGUACGAAUGCAGAAUGUUCCCCUGCCCUGUGAAUGUUGAGAUGGGAGUUCACUUCAGUUCCAUCUGUUACACUAUUAGCAGCAUGGAUUAUCAUGUUUAGGUGUCGGUAUGUCUAUCUGUGGUUUCUUGUUUUUGCUCAAUAACAAACACUUUCCCUCAGCUCUACUUAUUCUAUUGUUUUGUUUCUGAACUCACCUUAAAAAAAACUACUGCAAUAUAAUACUUAUUCUUAUUUGGAUGUUGUUAUGAAAUGUCUUGAUUUCUCCAAUAACUGAACCUUGGUUUGAUAGAUGUCCAUUCGGAAAGUAUUCAGACCCCAUUCCACAUUUUGUUAAAAAAAACACUAAUAUUACAUUUACCUAAGUAUUCAGACCCUUUACUCAGUACUUUAUUGAAGCACCUUUGGCAGCGAUUAGCCUCGAGUCUUCUUGGGUAUGACGCUACAAGCUUGGCACACCUGUAUUUGUGUGCCAAGCUUGUCCUGAAGCCACUCCUCUGUUGUCUUGGCUGUGUGCUUAGGGUCGUUGUCCUGUUGGAAGGUGAACCUUUGCCCCAGUCUGAGGUCCUGAGCGGUCUGGAGCAGGUUUUCAUCAAGGAUCUCUGUACUUUGCUCCGUGAAUCUUUCCCUCGAUCCUGGCUAGUCUCCCAGUCCCUGCCGCUGAAAAACAUCCCCACAGCAUGAUGCUGCAACCACCAUGCUUCACCGUAGGGAUGGUGCCAGGUUUCCUUCAGACGUGACGCUUGGCAUUCAGAACAAAGAGUUCAAUCUUGGUUUCACCAGACCAGAGAAUCUUGUUUCUCAUGUUCUGAGAGUCCUUUAGGUUCCUUUUGGCAAACCCCAAGCAGGCUGUCAUGUGCCUUUUACUGAGGAGUGGCUUCCGUCUGGCCACUCUACCAUAAAGUCCUGAUUGGUGGAGUGCUGCAGAGAUGGUUGUCCUUGUGGAAGGUUCUUCCAUCUCCACAGAGGAACUCUGGAACUCUGUCAGAGUGACCAACGGGUCCUUGGUCACCUCCCUGACCAAGGCCCUUCUUCCCCGAUUGCUCAGUUUGGCUGGGCGGCCAGCUCUAGGAAGAGUCUUGGUGGUUACAAACUUCUUCCAUUUAAGAAUGAUGGAGGCCACUGUGUUCUUGGGGACCUUCAAUGCUGCAGACAUUUUUUGGUACCCUUCCCCAGAUCUGUGCCUCGAUACAAUCCUGUCUCGGAGCUCUAUGGACAAUUCCUUCGACCUCAUGGCAUGGUUUUUGCUGACCAAAAUGGCUGACCUUCAGACAGUCACAAGAAGGUUAAUGUCCAUUCUAGUAUUCAAAUUCUGUGGGACCUUAUAUAGACAGGUGUGUGCCUUCCAAAUCAUGUCCAAUCAAGUUGUAGAAACGUCUUAAGGAUGAUCAAUGGAAACAGGAUGCACCUGAGCUCAAUUUCGAGUCUCAUAGCAAAGGGUCUGAAUACUUAUGUAAAUAAGGUGUUAUUUUUUAUUUGCAAAAAUGUCUAAAACCCUGUUUUUGUUUUGUCAUUAUGGGGUGUUGUGUAUAGAUUGCAGAUCUAUACACAACAUGUAAUCGCUGCCAAAGGUUCUUCAACAAAGUUCAGAGUAAAGGGUCUGAAUACUUAUGUAAAUGUUAUUUCAGUUUUCAAAUUUGCUAAAAUUUAUUAAAACUUGUUUUUGCUUUGUCAGUAUGAGGUAUUGUGUGUAGAUUGAUGAGGGGGGAAAACACUAUUUAAUCAAUUUUAGAAUAAGGCUGUAACGUAACAAAAUGUGGAAAAAGUCUAGGGGUCUGAAUACUUUCCGAAUGCACUGUAUGUAGCAUUAUUCACUCUGACAGGUGAAGUAUGCAUUAUUUUCUGUACAAUGCUCAGAUAAACAUGAUUGUUUUUACAGCCAACUUGGCUUGACAAUGUGAGGAAAAUAUAUAUUUAGCAUGUUAUGUUCCAGAAGAUGAGGUGAAUGAAGAGGAGGUAUUGGGAGAGUUGGAGGUAGGAAUAUUUUACUAUUACAAUAUUUCAGAAUAUUUUCAAUUUGAGGAGGAUUUGUGGAGAUUACGUGCUUGGUGUGUAUUUACAGGACGAUCCUAAAGAGGAGGAAAUCAAUGAAACACCUGCAGAAGAGGCCGUAGAAGAGGCAGCUGUACCUGAAAAGUCAGUACUCUUUUUCACUCACACCUAUCUAUAGGAUGUUUUAUGUCCUAAUGGUUACAGUGAGGGGAAAAAAGUAUUUGAUCCCCUGCUGAUUUUGUAUGUUUGCCCACUGACAAAGAAAUGAUCAGUCUAUAAUUUUAAUGGUAGGUUUAUUUGAACAGUGAGAGACGACAGAAUAACAAAAAAAUCCAGAAAAAUGCAUGUCAAAAAUGUUAUAAAUUGAUUUGCAUUUUAAUGAGGGAAAAAAGUAUUUGAGCCCUCUGCAAAACAUGACUUAGUACUUGGUGGCAAAACCCUUGUUGGCAAUCACAGAGGUCAGAUGUUUCUUGUAGUUGGCCACCAGGUUUGCACACAUCUCAGGAGGGAUUUUGUCCCACUCCUCUUUGCAGAUCUUCUCCAAGUCAUUAAGGUUUCGAGGCUGACGUUUGGCAACUCGAACCUUCAGCUCCCUCCACAGAUUUUCUAUGGGAUUAAGGUCUGGAGACUGGCUAGGCCACUCCAGGACCUUGAUGUGCUUAUUCUUGAGCCACUCCUUUGUUGCCUUGGCCGUGUGUUUCGGGUCAUUGUCAUGCUGGAAUACCCAUCUACGGCCCAUUUUCAAUGCCCUGGCUGAGGGAAGGAGGUUCUCACCCAAGAUUUGACGGUACAUGGCCCCGUCCAUCGUCCCUUUGAUGCGGUGAAGUUGUCCUGUCCCCUUAGCAGAAAAACACCCCCAAAGCAUAAUGUUUCCACCUCCAUGUUUGACGGUGGGGAUGGUGUUCUUGACGGUGGGGCAGCAUUCCUCCUCCUCCAAACACGGCGAGUGUAGUUGAUGCCAAAGAGCUCCAUUUUGGUCUCAUCUGACCACAACACUUUCACCCAGUUCUCCUCUGAAUCAUUCAGAUGUUCAUUGGCAAACUUCAGACGGGCAUGUAUAUGUGCUUUCUUGAGCAGGGGUACCAUGCGGGCGUUGCAGGAUUUCAGUCCUUCAUGGCGUAGUGUGUUACCAAUUGUUUUCUUGGUGACUAUGGUCCCAGCUGCCUUGAGAUCAUUGACAAGAUCCUCCCGUGUAGUUCUGGGCUGAUUCCUCACCGUUCUCAUGAUCAUUGCAACUCCACGAGGUGAGAUCUUGCAUGGAGCCCCAGGCCGAGGGAGAUUGACAGUUCUUUUGUGUUUCUUCCAUUUGCGAAUAAUCGCACCAACUGUUGUCACCUUCUCACCAAGCUGCUUGGCGAUGGUCUUGUAGCCCAUUCCAGCCUUGUGUAGGUCUACAAUCUUGUCCCUGACAUCCUUGGAGAGCUCUUUGGUCUUGGCCAUGGUGGAGAGUUUGGAAUCUGAUUGAUUGAUUGCUUCUGUGGACAGUGUCUUUUAUACAGGUAACAAGCUGAGAUUAGGAGCACUCCCUUUAAGAGUGUGCUCCUAAGCUCAUCUUGUUACCUGUAUAAAAGACACCUGGGAGACAAAUCUUUUUGAUUGAGAGUGUGUCAAAUACUUAUUUCCCUCAUUAAAAUGCAAAUCAAUUUCUAACAUUUUUGACAUGUGUUUUUCUGGAUUUUGUUGUUGUUAUUCUGUCUCUCACUGUUCAAAUAAACCUACCAUUAAAAUUAUAGACUGAUCAUUUCUUUGUCAAUGGGCAAACGUACAAAAUCAGCAGGGGAUCAAAUACUUUUUUCCCUCACUGUAUGUGAUUGAAUUCUCAUGGUAAAUUCUGCAGAUUUUCAACAUUACCGGUACUUCAUAUUUUCUUAAUUCAGUGUUAAGAUAAAGCUUGAUGUCAGCAUGUUCCUUUUGUUGUCUAUGAAUGCCAUUCCUGAUCAAUUUUUGUUGUGAUAUGUACAAGACGUCUUUGGGGGAUUAUUUAAAUUGGCAGGUUUCCAGUGAUCCAGGUUUAUUUGACAAAAGCAAUGUCUCAAAUCAUUGCGAGGUGUAAUGGAAACGGCAGAUAUAGAAGACAUUUUCUAAAGAUCAUACAGUUUGAUCUGUUCUACAGGGGUGGAAUUUUAUUUUGUCAAACGUUUGAGACAAAUGAAGAUGCAUACUGUUUUUCGAAAUAAAUAAUAAUUGCGAAGGUACGUGGGGCACGUGAUGUCAUCAUCUAACUAUUAAGCUCCACUCCACAUUGAAUUCUAAUUGCUUACUGCUUGCAAAAAAAAAAAAAAAGUACCAUCCAUGUAUUUCAGAUAUAGCCUACAGGAGAUAGUUUCACUAUGGCACGGUCCGUGGCGAUAAGUUGGCACCAAUGAUGUACACAACAAUAUAUACAAAAGUAUAUGGACACCCCUUCAAAUGAGUGGAUUCCUCUAUUUCAGCCAUACCCAUUGCUGACAGGUGUAUAAAAUCGAGCACACAGCCAUGUAAUCUCCAUAGACAAACAUUGGCAGUAGAAUGAAUGGCCUUACUGAAGAGCUCAGUGACUUUCAACGUGGCACCGUCAUAGGAUGCCACCUUUCCAGCAAGUCAGUUUAUCAAAUAUCUGCCCUGUAAGAGCUGCCACAGUCAACUGUAAGUGCUGUUAUUGUGAAGUGGAAACGUCUAGGAGCAACAAUGGCUCAGCCGCCAAGUGGUAGACAACACAAGUUCACAGAAUGGGACCACUGAAGCACGUGAAAGUAAUCAGUCCUCGGUUGCAACACUCACUACCGAGUUCCAAACUGCCUCUGGAAGCAACGUCAGCACAAUAACUGUUAGUCGGGAGCUUCAUGAAAUGGGUUUCCAUGGCCGAGCAGCCGCACACAAGCCUAAGAUCACCAUGCGCAAAGCCAAGCGUCGGCUGGAGUGGUGUAAAGCUCACCGCCAUUGGACUCCGGAACAGUUGAAAUGCGUUCUCUGGAGUGAUGAAACACAGUUUCACCCUCUGGCAGUCCAACGGGCGAAUCUGGGUUUGGUGGAUGCCAGGAGAACGCUACCUUCCCCAAUGCAUUUUGCCAACUGUAAAGUUUGGUGGAAGAGGAAUAAUGGUCUUGGGCUGUUUCAUGGUUCGGGCUAGGCCCCUUAGUUCCAGUGAAGGGAAAUCUUAAUGCUACAGCAUACAAUUACAUUAUAGACGAUUCUGUGCUUCCAACUUUGUGGCAACAGUUUGGGGAAGGCCCUUUCCUUUCCUGGUUCAGCAUGACAAUGCCCCUGUGCACAAAGCGAGGUCCAUACAGAAGUGGAUUGUCGAGAUCGGUGUGGAAGAACUUGACUGGCCUGCACACCUUUGGGAUGAAUUGGAACACAGACUGCGAGCCAGGCCUAAUCGCCCAACAUCAGUGCCCGACCUCAUGAAUGCUCGUGGCUAAAUGGAAGCAAGUCCCCGCAGCAAUGUUCCAACAUCUAGUGGAAAGCCUUCCCAUAAGAGUAGAGGCUGUUAUAGCCGCAAGGGGGGGGGGGGGGGACCAACUACAUAUUAAUGCCCAUGAUUUUGGAAUGAGAUGUUCGAUGAGCAGGUGUCAACAUACUUUUGGUCAUGUAGUGUAUAUAAACUAUUGGUUGGCACAUGAGAAUUAUUAGAAUAUGGCAAAUAUUAGUCAGUUAUUGCAUUCUAUCCACCCUGGCUUUCGCGGGCUACCUGAGACAUGAAACAGAUAGGUGGGAGGACAUACAGGCUCUCGCCAAUGUAUUAAUGCGCAAUUAGCCUAAAUGGGUAAUGGAAACAGUUCAACCACUACAUUUUUAUUCAACGCUUUAAUUGUUUGUGUGUGACAUCAUUAUGUCCAGCUGUUUUUUUUAACAAGUUAGUUAAAUGGUAACGCACCCGAUCAGCCAAUUGUCACGUUUAUUUUCAAUGCAAACUUUCUAAGUGUCGACACAAAAUCACUGGAGAAGUUAAUGGAAACGUACUGUAGCUACUGGCUGUCCAGUGGUUUAUUUUUGAGCAGUAGAGGGCAGGCUAGGUUUACGAAGUUUUCCACUGGAUUCUAACUGUAAGUCGCUCUGGAUAAGAGCGUCUGCUAAAUGACUAAAAUGUAAUGUAAAUGUAUACUGUAUUCACUGCCCUAAUGGUUUAAUUAAAUUCAAAUGUUUUCUUGCUUUAGGGAUGCUGAGAAGAAAGUUGUGAAAAUCACUGCCCCAGCGGCUGCGGAUGAGGUAUGUAGUAGCAUAAUGCACAGAAUAACUGCGUAUCAAUAGAUUUAAAAUCAUUGUUUCCCACAAUGUUAUUCUCAUCAGCUCUAGUAAUCUACACUGUGUUGGAAACCUUGACAGGAUGAAUGUGUAACUGCCCUAUUGGCACUACAUUGAUGAAGUGUACUUGUAUGAAUCUUCAACUUGUAUUUGUGUCCAUCAGAGGCUGCAGAAAAGGGCAGAGCGUUUCAACCUGCCUGCCACUGCUAAUAGUAAGAAAGAGGCCCGCGCUGCC